GCACACCGCCUGAUGUGAUAGUUCUGGUCGCAUGAGUUUCACAUUUUAUCACCCUGCUCCGUUCAGCCAACUGAGCAACUAAAUGUUUUGAUUGAGGUUUGGCUCCUACUCUUUCCAGCCAGGCUAGUCAUGGGGGAUAGAGGGUGGGGGUGGGGGUGCAGACUGGGUGACCCCCAUACCAACCUAUGACUCACGUGCAGAGGCGGAGACUCCAUAUCGGAUUCACCACCGGAGGACCGUCCCGUACUCACUACUCGGACCGCUCUGUGCUCAGACAACUAUCCCUAACCCCAACACCAGCUGAACAUCGUUUUCUCUGUGUGUUACGCGUUGUUUACAAUGUGAAGAACAUGGCCGGGACAAGCUCUGAUUGGGUGGAGAUCCUGGAGCCACGCUCCCGUGAGCGUAUGUAUGUGAACUUGACCACUGGUGAGUGCGGCUGGGAUCCCCCUUCAGGCGUUCCUGUCCGCCAAGCAGACGGCAACCAGUGGUGGGAGCUGUUUGACCCCCACAGUGGCCGCUUCUACUACUACAACUCUACCGGCCGUCGCACAGUCUGGCAUCGACCCCAGGGAGCCGAUAUAGUUCCCCUCUCCCAGCUCCAGGCCAUGAAGCGAUGCAGUGAGGCCAAACGAACUGGAGGAGGCGUGGAAAGGCACCACCAUGGGACCACGGGGAGUAUCAGCAGUGUAGGAAGCCAGGGGCGUUGUACCCCCCUGCCUGAGCAGGACGGAGACAACCCUAUACCCAGAGCCUUGGAGACCAAUGAGGAGACUGCCAACCCGGAGAUGGACCCCGCAGUGGACAGCAGAUCGCAGGGAGAUGGAAGCAGCAAUGAACACAGCACAGAUGGCAGCAAAGACCCACAGAGAGAUGCUUCUCAAAGAUGGCAGCCUGCACCUGGUUCGAAGGCAGCCAUGUUGGUGAAGGUGAACAGCAUGAGCCGUAGUCAGCCCAGCCCAGCCUUGCAGCAGCAGCAGCAGCAGCAGCACCUCCAGCACAGUGCACACGCAAAGUCAACGCCUUCACCCUGCACCCCUCCAAGCAACAAGGCCCAAGGAGGACACUUAAGCUCCACCCAGGGAUAUAAAACUGCCCCUUCUGGUAAAAUGGCAGCUGACACACGUCAAGCCCAUCACCUAAGAAAGGCCAGCAAUGGCAGCUUCUGUUUGGUGACAUCAGACGGUAGCCACCCCAGUCCGCUCCUUCACAGGUCACAGACCAGCACACCACGACCUGUCUCUCCCCAGUAUGGUUGCACUGCCCCAAUAUAUGAUGAGCCAGUUUCAGACUGUCCCAUAUAUGAUGAACCCCCUAUAGACAUGGAGGUAGAGGGGGCACACCUGUACAACGGACAACCUCUGUCUCGCCUGACACCUACACAUAGCCUCCAGAAGCCCAGACACCUCCAGCACCCUGGUUCAUCUCAUCCAGGGUCCAGACACAGGAGGAAUCCUUCUGCCUCUGACUACAGCCCAGCUGGUCUGGAGUGCAUCAAGCACAUGGUCAAUGUAGACCCCAAACAGGGGCUCCUAUCUGGCUCUCCUGUACCUACACGUACCCCUUCCCCUACCUCCAGGCAGGAUCCUGUUUUGACCCAACCUCAGCCUCAGCCACAUCCUCAGGCCCAGGCCCACUCUUUGCCCCAGACUCGAGGCCAGCUGAGGGACAGAGAGCCAGGGACACCGGGCCCAAAUACACUGGACAAGAAACAAAACUGGCGGGUCCUGGAGGCCACUGUGCAGCGCGCCAUGGAGGCACGACACAGCAGGCAGAGUAGCCAGGCCUCGCAGGACUUCCCCUCCUCGACGCCGCAGGCCACAGCAAACUAUCAAGACUCUGGUUACUCCACUGGUCCCUCCCCAAGUCUGAGAAGAAAGAGCAGGAGGAGGGUAGGAGCCGGUGGUGGCGCAGGAGGCAGGCCGGGGUCGGUCGGCAGCAGCGGGGAGCUGUGCGCCCUCAACGAGAGGCUGAUGGCUGAGAUGAGGGAAGUGGUGAGUCGCUCCAACACCAUGAGGGAAGUGAGAGCGGGGCUGGACCCGGAGAUGGGGGAGAGGGUUGUCAUACCGCGAACGCGCUCCCCUGCGGACUCACUCAGGUGGUACGGAGGAGGGGGAGGGGGGUCAGCAGGCAGGUGCGCAUCACGAGAGGACCUUACUGGGGCUCCCCGGUCACUUAAUAGGGCUGGUAACCAUGGCAACCCUGCCCUGACCCCUCUGGAGAUACCAGGGAGGCAAAAAAGGACAUAUGAAAAGGUGGACACUCUGGAGAUGAGUGUGAAUAGCCAGGCCAGCCUUUCCUCACCAGAGACCCCAGGACCGCCCUCCCAGGCGGGCACCCUAGAGCUGCAGGCUCAGUUGGAGAGCCGAAAGAAAGGCAUGGUGGAUGGGCGGACCGCUUCCCUGGGCCCCCACCGCCCUUCCAACCAUGACAACAGAGAGGGAGGUGACGGGACAGGAGGGAGAGCAGGUGGAUCCUCAUACCAGCUCUCCUACGCCACCCUGCGGCAGCCCCCACCUCCCGACAUGGGCAUGGAGGACUGGGCCAGCAAGCACCUCAACAUGCACACGCAAGGCCUGUUCCGUCGCCGUGUGUCCAUCGCCAACAUGCUGUCGUGGAACCGCGGGUCCAUCAAAAAACCCAUGCUCGUCACCAGCAACCGAGCCGUGAGGAAGGAGGCCUGCGAGAUGUUCAAGCUGGUGCAGGCCUACAUGGGGGACAGGCCCUCGCGCCUGGACCGCCGGCACUGCGCCCUUCUCAUCGUCACCAAGUGCUGGGACAUGCCGGGGCUGCGAGACGAGCUGUAUGUGCAGCUGGUGAGGCAGACCACGGGCAAUGCCAGCCCCAGAAGCUUGGCGGCGGGCUGGGAGCUGAUGGCUGUCAGCUUGGCCUUCUUUGCCCCCUCGCCCAAGUUCCGCUGCUAUCUGGAGGGCUACAUCCAGAGACACACGGAGCCCACCAGCGACAAGAAAUGUGAGUCUCAGACUGAGCAGCAGGUGACUCAGUUCAUAUUGGAACAGCAGGAGCUAAAGCUGAAGAAGAAUUCAAAGUCCAGAAAGAAGCGAAAACAGAACACAGAGGAGGAAGAGGGCCUGCCUAUCAGCACAUAUGCCAAGUUCUGCCAUCGAAAACUGCAGAAGGUGGCUAUCACUGGUGGCAAAAAGGGUCUACGUAAGCCCACCUUAGAGGAGAUCGACCACAGUAGGCGGGCCAUCGUCACCCCCUCUCUGUUCGGGAGCUCUCUGGAGGAGGUGAUGGAGAGGCAGAGCGAGCUUUUCCCAGACAGGAAACUACCCUGGGUGCAGGUUCAGCUCUCCCAGUAUGUCCUGGCUCUGGGCGGGGCUCAGACAGAGGGCAUCUUCAGGGUGCCCGGAGACAUUGAUGAAGUGAAUGCAUUGAAGCUCCAAGUUGACCAGUGGAGGAUCCCAGAGAAUCUCUCUGACCCCAAUGUCCCUGCCUCUCUGAUGAAGCUUUGGUAUCGGGAGCUGGAGGAACCACUCAUCCCCAUGAACUUCUACAAGCAGUGCGUCAGUAACUGUGACGACCCGGUGGCGGCCAUCGCUGUGGUGCAGUCUCUGCCUGAGCUCAACAGGCUGGUGCUCUGCUACUUCAUCCACUUCCUGCAGGUUUUUGCUCAGCCAUCCAACGUGGCUAUAACCAAGAUGGAUGUGAACAACCUGGCCAUGGUGAUGGCCCCCAACUGCCUCCGAUGUCAGUCCGAUGAUCCGCGGAUCAUCUUCGAGAACACACGCAAGGAGAUGUCCUUCCUGAGGAUGCUCAUUGUUCACCUGGACACCAGCUUCAUCGAAGGGGUGGUUUAGACACUGUAACCUGCUGCGUGUGCUGAAUCAGCCCUUCAGCAUCUCCAGUUACACAUUUACAAUCAUGCAUAAACACUGUCUCUGUUCAGACCACACUGGAAACUCUCGGGGUGAGACAUUACAUCUCUUAUAACACAAGGAGUGUGAAAACAGCUUGGACUUUGCGCCAUUGUGCUCUCCAGCUUUGUUUCUGAAAGACAAUACACAUCACCUUAGGUUUCACUGUGUUUUUUGAUACUGAAACCCACAGUGACGGCGUUAAAGUGGUUCACUUUAAUGACUGUGUUUUCUAACCGAUGCAUGUGAAAACAGAUUAACUCUUUCAUUUCUUACUGAAUGGGUAGUAUUAUAGUCACAUUGGACAACUGGGCUGUGUAAAGUGAGAGUCUUACAGUAUUUACUUGAGAGGUAUUCACUUGCACAAAAAUACUUAAAGGGGCUAUAUGUAAGAACUGGUCAACUGUUAAAUUCAUACAGAGCAAACAGGGGAAAGCAUAUUACUGGAAAGUUGAGGUGUCCAUCCAAGGAACAAGGAAUUGCACUCUUUGAUUCUUUGGUCCAUCCUCUCCCCUCUCCCUCUGCUGUGCCAUAGUCGGACUUGCCAUUGGGCAUACUGGGACAAAUCCUAGUGCGCUGCCGGAACGUGGAAAAAUCUAUAAAGUUUUUACCAGCCCUCUCUGUGUGCCUGUCAUACGGGGCGCAAGUGCAUGCUGCAUCUGUGCUCCGGGACCGGGCACACUCGUGCCAAUUUAAGGAUUACCAGGUGAAGGAGAAGGAGAGGGCUCCUUCUUUGUUUAGGCACGAACACGGGAGGAACGUGUAUGGGCGGCAGGAUAUAUAAGAAAUAUCUUAUAGCUUGAAGUAAGAAUGGAGGACUAUCGCAGAGAGAUGAUGGCUGUGACACAGGUCUAUAACCUACUCACAGAUGCUACUUUUUCAUCCUCUAAUGUUGACCUGAGGGUAGACUGGACACUGCAGUGACUCACUAUCACCUCUUCUAUCAAGUGAUAUUAGGGAACGGGACAGGGAUAGCAGGUUAGCAUGCUAUCGUCUUUACGCAACGUCUAAACUGUUAUUUCUUCACAUUGUGUUGAUCAUAUUAGUUCAUUUUUGAAAAUACUUACAUAUAGUCCCUUUAAGGCAGCAGUGUUGAUGCUGUGCUUCUUUUUUUGUGGGGGGGGGGGCUUCUGGUUUCAUUCAAGUGUGUUUGUGUGAGUGUGUGUGUGUGCGUGUGUAAUUGUCAGAGUGUGAACAAAAGACACAGCCUUCUUUUAUUAUGUACAGAAAAUGGAAAAUAUGAAAAGUAAAAGAACUCUUGUAAAUGGUGUCUUAUUAAUAAGCUUGCCUGUGCUAUUUUGAGUAGUUGUACUGAUAGCUGGUCUCCUCGUAUUUCAUUAUACGAGACAGAAGAAGCGGCUUUGCCACGGCUAUUUUGACAAGAGCACAGAGUCUUCAAAGCACGAACUGGAAGGAUGUGUGGAGAGCUCUUUGUAACGGAUGGUGGUGAUUUUCUAAGUAAAUAAACUUGGAAGUGCUUUGAUUUUACGACUCCGAACACUCCAGUGAAGCCAGACAAGAGUGUUGUCAUUAGUCUUAAUGUCAUAGCGAUGUGGGAGGCUGGUUAUUCAACUGAUAAUACUCUUUCUCUAUUAUCUAUAAAAAGUCUUUCAAUUGGAGUUGUGUUCUCUUUUGUUUGUGAUCUGUAUGUUUUUCAGCUCAGGUCUUAUGAUAAAACGGGUGUUGGAUGUGACAACUGUACAUGGCCUCGCUCACAUACUGAAAAUUUGAUUUAUCUACCACAAACCCCUGUGCUGAGAAUGGAGUAUCGUUUUAACUGUCAAGCACUAUGAGAAUGUAGAUUAAGCUCUUUGUGUCCCCUCUCAGGCUUUGCCGAUGUAAAUAAAUUCAGUGUGUAAAUAGUAUUAACUCUCCUUAUGUGUAUUCUAAUGAACCAGGUUAAGGGUGAAGUUAAAUGUUGCUGUAAAGAGCAAUGAAAAAAAUUGUUUUUGUAAUUAACUGUUCCUUUCUCUGCUGUAACCGCCUGCCUUUUGAACACAGGACUGAUUCAAACCACUUUCAUGUAUGUAUAUGUGUGUUUGCAUACCUUCUUGUUAAAAUAUGGAAUGAAUGUCCAUAAAUAAAGGUUUGUUAAACUGUA